CGCACGUGUUCUACCAACUGAGCCAGCCAGGCGCCCCUAAGGUUCUGUCUUGUUACGUGUGCUGCACGUGUGAUUCUGACUCCCUGGGCUGCAGGAGCCACCAGGCUGCAUGCCUAGAGCCGGCGCUGUGACUUACUGUGACUGGCACCUGGAAGGGCUCACGGCGUGUUUGCGAAGGAAGAAAAGGGGAACGGAAAGGACAGGGCUGAUAAGAUGCCGUUUUCCCAGCUUCCUUGUGGCAUUCACUCAGGCCCAUGUCUGCAGGCACAUGUGCUCCCUUUUCCAGAAGUCCUGGGAUAAAAGAAUUCUAGCACAGGCUUUCGUGCCCAGCCAGGCUGUUGUGACCACCCCUCCCGUUCUCACGCUGGACUUCCCAGACCUGAGCUGCAAGAAGACAAGAGAGUGUGAAAGGCUGCUGAGAAGCCCACGAUCAGUAUGAGAACAACUAGACCAUGGCUCACCACCAUCUGGAGGUUAAUGGCCAAAGAAGCUGGGAGGCAGGGACAUGCAAAUUACACUGCUGUGAGCAGAGAAGAAACAGAGCCUGGCUGCAGGACUCCGGAUCUCAAGCUCUUGACGGCUCUUGCUGAGCAACAGGUUCCUCUCAUCUCCUCUACAAGAGCCAGAGAAGACAGCCUAGAUCUGUGAUAGUGCUGGAGCCUCUGGGACGCCUGGACCAUGGACCCCGGGGAAUGCACCUGCAUGUCUGGAGGAAUCUGCAUCUGCGGAGACAACUGCAAAUGUACAACUUGCAACUGUAAAACAUGCCGGAAAAGCUGCUGUCCUUGCUGCCCCCCGGGCUGCGCCAAGUGUGCCCGGGGCUGCAUCUGCAAAGGGGGCUCGGACAAGUGCAGCUGCUGCCCCUGAAACACAUCCGUUGUGCUGAGGGCCAAGGCCCGGCAGGCGUCUGUACAGUGCCUUAGUCGAGAAGUUGGAAUUAUUGUACAAUAGGUUAUGCUUUUUAUAUAUUUGCUCAGAUGCAGUGUGGGUGACCUUCAUGGAAAGGGCUUGAAAAAUAAAGGUUUCGCUCAUGGUU